AUGCACAAAUGCCAUGCCACGGGCUCCGCGGCAGGAGGGGCCGCACACGCAGGGCCGCUCCGGGGGUCGGCUGCGGGCGCUCCUCCCGCGGUGGCGGUGCGGCCCAGAGGGCGCGAGCUCUGUCUGGCCUCGGAGGCGCCCGCGGGCGGAGCCGAGCAGCAGCGAUCGCGGGGCUCAAAUAUAUACAUAUAUGGGAGAUCCCGGGCCCCGGGCCCCGGGCCGGAACCCCCCUUGUAUAUAGGGUGCGGCCCUCUCCCGGGGCGCCCUUCCGGCGGCCCCCGCGCGUUCCAGCCCGCCCAAGAGGGCUCCAGCCCAAGAGGCCCCCAAGAUCGACCCGAGGAAGCCAGAUUGAUUUUGUCUCAGGCUGGCAGCCACGUCUGCCGGCGUGCCCUGCACCACCCUCCGUUGCAGGUGUUCAUCCCAGGUAAAGUCCUGGGUUCAGAAUGCGUCGAGGUUCAGUUUCAUUGCUGGCGUUCGAAUGUUCAGAAAGGGAAUUGGUCGGCGCCUCAGUAUGUGUGCCGUUCGCGCCAAGGCGCGUCAGGCUGCAAUGCUGGCUUGCAGGUGACGUCCGCCUGCGGUCAGCCCAGUGAAUUCGAUGUAUUUCUUUACUUUCAACUUGCUUGCGGCAGCUGCUCUCGCACCUGCACUCGCGAAGCAUUGCCGCGCGGCAUGCCUUGGAUGUCUGACCUGAGCCUGCCUCUGCCCUCCGCCUGUACGGCUGCCCCGCAGCCACUGCUAGAGUGUGGCCUCGCAGCAUGCGGCAUGAGCGUACCGACUGCUCGAAGCACGACAGGCCAGAUGCGUACGUGUGGCGGUUGUGGGCGGGACGUUCCGUCAGUCCUCUCGGUCCUUUCUUUUUCCUAUCCAGUCAUCAGGGAGGAGGAGUUGGCCGGUGCCAGCGAGGACCUCGGCCCCUUGCAGCCGAGCUUCUCCUGCCCACCUCCCGGACCCCUGGGGCCUCCUGCGCACCUGCGCACGGCCUGGGGUGCGGCGAGGCGGGGCGGCCGCCGCGGGUGGGGCUCGCCACCGCUGUGGAACGAUGGUGGGCGGUGCCCGACCUCGCGCCCCUUGCACGAUCCGACGUCGUGGCGCCAGCCCGGGCACAGUCCUGGUGCCAGGUCACUCGGUGCUGGCUUGAAGUCGGGCCUGUCCCUCUACAAGCGGAAAAUUCAAAAAUAG